GGGAGAGUUGUUGUGCGUACGUUACACAGGGGCAGAAACUGGUGCGAGGAAAAGCUUUCGCUGCGUCUCUUUCCGGAAAAAGUCAUCAGCGGAGUGUCAAUUUGUGCAGGACGCGACUGGGCGCGAUACCGCGGUAAGCCUCCCAGACUCCCAGUACGCAUCUGCACGGCGCCGAGCCCAGCAGCGUCUGGUCCACGUGGGUAUUUAAGCGCCAAUGAAUUCAUCCGCGCGGGCAGAAAGCAGACAUCGGCCCACAACGACCAGCCCGUUUUCGCUCGUUGCCCGCCCUCUUCAUCUUGUCGCAUAAUUUAACGUCUGCCCGCUCGAGCAGAGCAAUUCUCGUGGUCGCCGGUCGUCUCACACGCAGCACACAUGCUUUCCGAACCCCCCCCUCAGGUCGAGGAGACCCCCGCCCCCGCGGUCAGCAGCCUCCGCUCCAAGUUCGAGAAGCUCGCGGUCGAGUCGUCCUCGACAACCUCUCUCAACAGACUCUCCAUGUCUCAGGACCUCCUCACCCCGGACUCGGGCAGUCCAAGACCCCGCGCCAUGUCCAUUCCGGACGAGCGGCCUCCUAGCAGUCCGCAUUCACUGCGGUCCGCCUCUUCGUCUUCAGACCUCAAGAAGAAGCAGCCGCCCCCGCCCCCUCCCAGGAGCUCAAAGGGAAGCUCUCCGGCGCCCUCUGCCACUAGCAGUCCGCACGUGUACCCUGUGCCAAUGAGGAGCGAGCCGCCGUCGCCCACACACACCGCGCCGCCCAACAGAGUUGCCCUGUUACACCGGAAGCCCCCUCCUCCUCCCAGCCCUGCGCCUUCAAGGGACCUGUCUCCUGCAUCAAAGGAGUCUGGGAUUGCUUCCUUGAUCAGCAAGUUCGGGAACGCGGUACCAACUGCGCCUCGAAAUCCCACGCCCCGCAUAGCAUCUCACUCUGGGGCUAGCGUCCUUACAAAUGACCCCAGCGCACGGGUCGAUGCCCAACGCACACCACGGCACUCCCUCCCACUCAGCAUCCCGCCGUACGCAUCGACACCCCUCAUCCAGUUGGACGGCCCGUUUGACGGAGAGGAAGCUCCUUCGUCUCGCCCUCCGCCGCUACCUCACCGUAGAAACGGGGCUGCCUCAAGUCGGAAUCCAUCACCCGAGCACGAUAGGUCUGCAUCGUCCGAGAGCCUUGGGACUUUGUCUUCAACUUCAUCUGGGAGUGACGGGUACUACACGAGUGUGGUGAGCUCUCCACUGAAGCCAAUAACACAUCUUCCCCCACCGCCGCCGCCGCCGCCACCGCGUCCGAAGAGCAGCACUCCAACCUCCCGCCAAUCAUCCCUGGCGAGUGUACAGUCCAGUACUCCGAGCACCUCUUGCACACCACCACCAUUACCCGCGCGGAGAGGCACUGCACAGUCGCCCGCACACUCGCCAGACGAUUCCCUUACGCGUCGUGUCCCGCCUCCGCCUCGACAUCGCUCGCUCAACGUUCCCCCUGAGGUCCCCCCGCGGACCAGUUCCCCUGCGGUCGACCUAUUACAGGAUUCGCCUGUAGACGGGCCGCCCACUGCGUCGCCGCCUGCACAGAGGGAGUCUACUCAGCCGGCACCGCCAUCAGAGCGCAAGACGUUUGGCACGCACCUGCCACCGCCCACGCGUACCAUCGCCCCGGGCGAGAAGCUUCCACCUGCGCGUCGGCCGCCGCCUGGGUCCGGUUCUUCUAGCGACGAAGAGGAAGAGGAGUUGAAAGUGAAGGUCGAGCUACUUCCCGAUGCGAGCCGCGCCUCGCGGCGGCCGCCUGUGCUUGGCGCCCAUGUGUUCUCGGACUCGAACAUCUACAUCCCGGCGUACGUCGGAAUCGCGGUUGCGACGGGGUUCACCGUAGCCUCUGCGCAAGGACAUCACAUCAGGAUAUACGACCUGUCGCAUGCCGACACGCCCGUCCACGAUCUGGAUGCGCGGGCGCUGGGGAUGGAGACGAAGAUGAAGGACUUCAAGAUCACGAGCAUCGAGUUCCGCGCCUCGCACAAGGAGACGGACCACGGCCGGUUCCUCUGGAUCGGCACGAAGGACGGGCACCUGUUCGAGCUCGACAUCCAGGCGGGCGUCGUCUGCGGCAUGAAGCUCGCGAUCCACUCGCACGCGGUGACGCACAUCUUCCGGUACGGCCAGGCGAUGGUCACGCUGGACGAGACGGGCAAGGCGCUCGUGUUCGUGCCCGAGGCGCAGGGCGAGGCGGACGUCCUGCUCGCGCACACGCCCGCGCGCGUCGUGCGCGUCGCGGACCGGCAGGAGUUCGCGAAGGUGCUCGCGGGCCGGCUGUGGGCGUCGACGCGGGACUCGACGAACUCGAACACGGCGAGCACGUCGCGCGGGCCGAUCGUGCGCGUGUACGACGUCUUCACGCCCGGCACGGCGGGCAAGUCGCUGCUGCCGCCCGAGCACCUCGGCGCGGUCACGUCGGGCACGGUCCUGCCGACGCAGCCGCACCGCGUCUUCCUCGGCCACGAGGGCGGCAACGUCAGCAUCUGGGCGCUCGACACCGAGGACGGCGUGCCGGCGUGCGACGAGGUCGUCAAGGUCUCGACGUCGGACAUCUUGUCUCUCGAGGGCGUGAACGACCGGCUCUGGGCCGGGGCGCGCAACGGCAUGAUCGCGGCGUUCGACGUCACGCUCAAGCCGUGGGUCAUGACGAACCGCUGGAUGGCGCACCAGGGCCUGCCCGUCCUCAGGCUCGCCAUCGACACCUGGAGCAUACAGAAGCUGGGCAAGCUGGCGGUGUACAGCGUGGGACGGGACGAGCGGAUACGCUUCUGGGAUGGGCUGCUGGGUGCGGACUGGAUAGACCAGGAGCUCAUGAAGCGCGAGCACGAGUUCAGCUCCUUCCGCGACCUCAACGUGCUCGUCGUCUCCUGGAACCUGGACUCGCAGAAGCCCGACGCGCUCGUGGGCGCACCCGAGAACGUCAACUUCCUGCACGAGGUGCUCACGAGCGUCGACGCGCCCGACAUCAUCGCGUUCGGCCUUCAGGAGCUCAUCGACCUCGAGAGCCGCAAGAUGGCGGCCAAGACCGUGCUCCUCGGCGGCAAGAACCGCAACCCCGAAGGCGCGCUCUCGCAGCGGGUGACGACGUCGUACAAGAAGUGGUACGACAAGCUCGUGCAGUCCGUGCGCCUCGCGCUGCCCGCGGACUCCCCGUACUACGUCAUCCACACCGAGAACCUCGUCGGCCUGUUCUCUUGUAUAUUCGUCAAAGAUACCCUGCGGCCGUCGCUCCGGCACGCCGCCCUCACUACUGUCAAACGCGGGAUGGGUGGGCGGUAUGGCAAUAAGGGCGGCAUCAUCUGUCGCUUUGUCGUUGACGAUACUUCAAUCUGCUUCAUCAAUUGUCAUCUUGCGGCCGGCCAAUCGCACGUGCGCCAGCGGAACGCAGACAUAGCCGCCUUCUUGGAGGACAGGGAGCUGUUCGCUUCUGAGGUCAGCAUGUUGGAGGAGCCAGUCGCGUUCAUCAACGGGGGAGACGGGUCGAUGGUCCUCGACCACGAGAUCGUUUUCCUGAAUGGCGACAUGAACUACCGCAUCGACCUCCGCCGCGACGCCGCCGUCGCUGACGUCAAGGCUGGGAACUUCCAGCACCUGAUGGCGCAAGACCAGCUCCUGAAGGAGAUGAAGCUCAACCGCGGCUUCCGGCUGCGCACCUUCAUGGAGGGCCCGCUCCACUUCGCGCCGACGUACAAGUACGACCGGCGGUCGGACGAAUACGACACGUCCGAGAAGCGGCGCGUGCCCGCGUGGUGCGACCGCGUCCUGUGGCGCUCGCGCGAGCCGUCGCGGGUCCACCAGCUGCACUACCGCCGCUGGGAGCCGAACGUCUCCGACCACCGCCCCGUGUCUGCCGCGUUCCGCGUCCAGGUCAAGGCCGUCGACUCGGGCCAACGCCACCUGGUCAAGCACGAGACCGAGGCGCACUGGUUCGAGUACGAAAAGGUGCUCUUGAGCCAUGCCUACCAGUUUUACACCGAACAGGGCCUCAUCUGAGCGUCGCCGUCGUUUCGACUACCUCUAUCUUAUUCCUCGUUUACGGUAACUCGGUUUUCUUUUUUUUUCUUUCUUUCACAUAAACAUCCUAUCAUCGUUCAUGGACCAUACCCGCAUGUGGCUGUAGCAUUUUACUUUCUCGUGUACUACCAUACCUUGUAGCGUACUACUUUAAGGGAAUUUUUCGUAGGUGAUAAUAAUAGAUGGAUAUAUCGUGUUCGCGAC